AUGGAUCCGUUCGAGUACAACGCCAACCCAGGCCGAGUGGUCUUCGGACCCGGCAGCAUCAACAAACUCCCGGACGAAGUCAAGCGACUGGGCCUCAAGUCACCUCUUCUCCUCUCCACACCCCAACAAGUCAGCCAAGCAGACGACCUCGCAAAGAUCCUCAAGUCCGGUUCCAUCGAGCCAGCAGGCACCUACACCAAUGCCACCAUGCACACACCCUCCCACAUCACCGAAGAAGCCAUGUCCUUCCUCAAGUCCAAGUCUGCAGACUGCGUCGUGUCGAUAGGAGGGGGAUCUACAAUUGGCCUGGGCAAGGCAAUCUCAAUCAGGACCGGCCUGCCUCAUAUUUGCAUUCCCACAACCUACGCCGGCAGCGAGAUGACCCCGAUCCUGGGCGAGACUCAAGACGGUCGCAAAACCACACGGACAGACCCCAAGAUCCUGCCUGGAACGGUUAUCUACGACGUCAACCUGACGAUGACUCUGCCAGUUGCUCUCAGCGCCACCUCGGGCGUCAACGCCAUUGCCCAUGCCGUGGAAGCAUUGUACGCGAAGAACAAGAACCCCAUCAUUUCGUUGUUGGCGCUCGAAGGCACAAAGGCCCUCGCAGAGUCUCUCCCCGAAAUCAUCCAGAACCCCCAAUCACAGCCGGCGCGUGAGAAGGCACAGUACGGGGCCUGGCUCUGCGGUGUCUGUCUCGGGUCUUCGUCGAUGGCUCUGCACCAUAAACUCUGCCACACCCUCGGCGGUUCAUUCAACCUCCCACACGCAGAGACUCACACGAUCGUUCUGCCGCAUGCACUGUCGUACAAUGCGCCCGCCAUCCCGGACGCAAUGGAGAGAUUAGCUUCUGUCCUACCCGGCAGCGAGGGCGACGCUAUCAAGGGCCUCAACAUUCUCCUCGAGAAACUUCAAGUCAAGCGCGCCCUGAAGGAUUUUGGUAUGAAGGAGGAUGGUAUUGACAAGGCGGCCGAGAUUGCCGUCAGCAACCAAUAUCCCAACCCGAGAAGCAUUGAGAAGGGACCGAUUCGCGAACUCAUCAGGAGAGCGUGGGCCGGGGAACCAGCACGUGCGAAUUUAUAA